AUGGGUUUUCCGGAACAGAACUGGGCUAUAAAUUACAAGGCAAGAAUGGCCGAUUACAAAUUCGUCCACGAAGGUAAAGAACACCCUCCUGAAAUGAGCGAGAUCGAAGAGGAAACCCAGGUCCCCAAGACACCUGAAGAAUGGAAACGUAAAUUGUAUGAAGAGAUCAAGGCUAAAAUCGGCAGAGUGGAUGAUACAGACUCCUUCAUCAUCUCUUUACCAGAUAGAAAAUUAAAAGCUGAGUUGUGCAUCUACAGAGUUCCGGAGAAACUUCGAAAAGUGAAGGAGGAUGCCUACAGUCCCCGCGUUGUAGCAAUUGGACCUUUCCAUCGAGAUAAAACUACCCUUGCACCAAUGUCAGAUCAUAAAUUGUCUUACAUGGCAUCCUUUCUUGCUCAGUAUACAGGGGAUAAAAAACAAGCCGCUAAACGCUUGAAGGAUUGCAUCGCUGCUAUUCAUGGAUUGGACGAAGCGAUUCGUCAUUGCUACAUAGAAAAGAUGGAGAGCGAAAUUAGUACUCAUGAUGAGCUCGCAGAAAUGAUGUUAGUUGAUGGCUGCUUCAUUUUGGAACUUUUUCUCAGAACCCACCUGAAGUUUGACUAUAUGUGGAAACAUCAGUACGAAUCUGAUCCGGUUCUAAGAAGUCCUUGGACUAUGGCCGCUAUUAGGCAUGAUCUGGCAUUGCUUGAAAACCAGAUCCCCUUCUUUAUUCUCGAAAUACUGUACGGUUUUAUCUGCCCUAUUGUCAAAAAAAGGUGUAAAGCACCAAAGUCGGUCUCUAGCCUUGCGCUAAGUUUCUUCAAGCCUAUGAGCAGAAAAGAGAUCAGAGAAGAGGCUCCAGACACAGAAAGCAAGCAUUUGCUUGAUCUCUUGCACAAAUUCUACUUCCCCCUAGUUCCUGCCGCCAGUGUCCUCUCAGCCAAUGGCAACGAUAUAGAGUCCAACAAUCCCAGAAGAAAACGAAAUGGACGCCUUGCUAAAAAAAAUUGGGGAUUCGGUUACUGCGCUUCAGAGCUUAUGGAGUCUGGAAUCGAGUUUCGAAAGGAGCCGAGUAGUGAGGAAAGUUUGUUGAACAUCACUUUCAAUCGGCCGCCCAAGGAUGGUGUAAUCAAUAUACCACAACUGCUCAUUCACGACACAACAAGUUUUUCACUCUUCAGGAACUUGAUUGCUUUCGAGCAAUGCAGUCUUAGCACUACGCAAAGCAUCACAUCAUAUGCCUUCCUCAUGAAGAGCCUCAUCAGUUCCUCACUGGACAGCAAAUUGCUUGAGAGGAGAGGGAUCAUUGAGCACAGUUCUAAUGGAGAAAAAGAGUACUUGGCUACUAAAUUCCGAAGUAUAGUAGAUGGAGUUGAUCUGAUGGACGACUUCUGUUUCCGAGAGCUGUGCGAUAGAGUGAAUGAAUACCAGAAGUCGUGGAACAAUCCGAAAAGACGACUUAAAGUAUUUUUCCGAAAACAGAAAAGGAUCCUCUGGGCCAAUUAUCUCUCCAGUGCAUGGAAAGUCAUGUCAAUCCUGGCGGCGGUGACCAUUCUCAUUUUGACUUCCUUGCAGACAUUCUACACAAUUCACCCUCGCAAUUGA